ACCGCUCUCAUUUCUUAAAAAGACUUUCCUUUCUUUUAGUUUCAUUUUAAUUAGUGACGUUCUUCACCAAAAGUCACUAUACCUAACAUAUACCAUUUGUUCGUUACACACACUCAUAUAGCCUAUUCUUUUAAGCAAGAAAAAAGAAAGUUUCCACACUAUCAUCAAAAACUCAACUUUUUCAUGGCCAGCCACAGAAAUAUGUCAAAACUCCCCAUUCUUUUGUUCUUUCUUGUGGUUUUUACACAAAUAACCAAUGGAUUGAAUCCAAGAAAACUUGAUGAGGUUAUUGAGAACAAAUGUGGUGGCUGUCCUUGUAACAAUCCAUGUAAUCCACCAUCUCCACCACCACCUCCACCGGCUUUACCACCACCAUCGCCACCACCGCCAAAGAAGCCACCAAGUGGAUACUGUCCUCCUCCUCCUCUUCCUCCGUCAGGGGACGGCGGCGGUGGUGGUUAUAGUCCAAAUCCUCCAAAUCCACAAUACAUAUAUAUGACUGGUCCACCAGGGAAUUUAUACCCUGUUGAUCAAUAUUUUAAUGGUGCCAAAAGGACAUUCUCUUGUGGUUUUUCACUUUUGAUGGGUGGAUUUUUCUUGGGAUUACUUACUUUGAGGUGAAUUUGAAGAGGAAAUUCAGAAUUUUAAGGAGGAUUGAUCAAAUUUUAUUAGUAUGAAGAAGAAGAAGAAGAAGAAGAAGAGCUGCAGAUUUCAAAGACCAGAAAUGUAGUGGCUACGAAUAUUUUAGUCUUGUUACAUUUGUGCGUACGUAGUAGUUACGAUCUUCUCUUGAAAUUUGAUGUCUUUACACUUUGUUUCUUUUGUAAAAUUUUCUACUCAGUUUUUUUUCCCUUCAUAUUUGAUCUAAGUGAAUAUAAUCCUGGCUGCUAUCAUUGGUUACUCA